UGCAGAGUGGCUGCUUCACCCUUUCAUAAAAAAAAAAGGAAUGUGCAAGUAAAGGAAGUUCCGGGUACUUGAUUUGCAUUAGACUAAGAGGAGGCUGUGGAGCUGUAACUCUUAAUGACACGGAGAGCUACAGUGGUGUGGGGACCAUGACAAAGACAGUUGCAGUGAUUGGAGCCGGCACCAGUGGUUUAGUCGCCAUUAAAUGUUGUCUCGAUGAAGGCCUGGAACCAACAUGCUAUGAAAAGACCGAUGACAUUGGUGGGCUCUGGAGAUACAAGGAUGACACAGAGGAAGACCGAGCCAGUAUCUACAGAUCUGUGAUCAUCAAUACCUCUAAGGAAAUGAUGUGUUAUAGCGAUUACCCCAUACCGGAUCAUUUCCCAAACUACAUGCACAACUCCAAAAUUAUGGACUAUUUCCGCAUGUAUGCCAAGGACUUCAACCUCCUGAAAUACAUCCAGUUUAAGACUAGUGUUCUCAUUGUCAAGAGGAGUGCUGAUUUCUCUACCACCGGUCAAUGGAUUGUCACUACGGAACGGGAAGGAAAGCAAGAGACAAGUAUCUUCAAUGCUGUGCUGAUUUGCAGUGGUCACCAUACAUUCCCCAACUUACCUCUAGAAUCUUUUCCUGGAAUAGAGAAAUAUAAGGGCCAUUACUUUCACAGUCGAGAAUAUAAGGCGCCUUAUGAAUAUCAAGGAAAAAGAGUCCUUGUGAUAGGGAUUGGGAAUUCUGGUGGCGAUAUUGCUGUGGAGCUGAGCAGGACGGCGCGACAGGUUUUCCUUAGCACUAGACGCGGUGCAUGGGUUUUGAAUCGUGUCGCUGAAAAUGGAUUGCCAGUAGACAUUACGAAGAUUACUCGCUUUUUAUUUCUCAUCCAGAAACUCCUGCCUCUCUCCGUGGUCAACAGUUAUUUAGAAAGCUUGCUAAACAAAAGAUUUAACCACAGUAAUUAUGGUCUGUUGCCACCGCACAGGUACUUCAGUCAACACCCAACUGUCAACGACGAUCUUCCUAACCGCAUCAUAUCAGGCCAAGUACAGGUCAGACCUAACGUUAAGGAGUUCAGAGAGAGAGAUGUGGUCUUUGAUGAUGGCACAGAGGAGAAAGAUAUUGACGCAGUUGUCUUUGCCACAGGAUACAGCUUUAAUUUUCCCUUCUGUGAAGAACCUGUCAUUAAAGUGCAAAGCAAUAGAGUCUCAUUGUAUAAGUACAUGUUCCCCCCUCAACUCGAGCGCAAUACACUGGCUGUAAUCGGACUCAUCCAACCCCUCGGUGCAAUUAUGCCAAUUUCAGAACUCCAGUGCCGUCUCGCAACUCGAGUCUUCAAGGGUUUGGUCAAACUGCCGACCUUAGACGAUAUGACGCGUGACAUCAAAGAGAAGAGGGAGGAGAUGGAAAAGAGAUAUGUUGUAAGCCAGCGCCACACCAUACAAGUAGACUACAUGGAAUAUAUGGAUGAGCUCUCAGAAAUUGUCGGGGUGAAGCCCAGUUUAUCACGACUGUUCUUCACAGACCCCAGGCUUGCAUGGGAGGUGCUGUUUGGCCCCUGCACUCCAUACCAGUAUCGUCUUAUGGGACCAGGCAAGUGGGAUGGAGCCAGAAAAGCUAUAUUAACCCAAUGGAGCCGCAUCAUCAAACCUACAAAGACGCGCGUCCUCGAUAAUCCAACACAGGGAAUCUCAGCAUUUCUGCUGCUAAAAAUCUGUACUGUUUUCAUUGUUUUAGCUGCUGUUUUUCUUCAGUUUUAAGCUGUUUAUAAACUUCUCUACGUACAGGGAUAUUCCAGAGAAAAAAAUACUUAUGUACUAAUAUAUACUAACACAAUCUUAUUAAAAAUUAGAAAUGAAAAUUGCUUAUAUAUUUUCACCAAUAAAGAAAGAAAAUUAAACAAUAAAGCACAAUUAUACAGUAGAACUUCAUAUUGCAAACAAUAAAGAAGUAGAAAAACAUUCUCAAAUAAAGUCCAACACUGACGUAUUAUUAUUAUUAGCAUUUACUUAAUGUGUAAACUUAAAGCACUGCCAAAUUCAGUAGCGCUGGUUCCAGAUUACAAGUGGAGAGGUAUUAAAUACUCCAGCUCGAGUUCAAACACAGCUAGAAGUCAGCUUUUUGCGCGUUGGGUAGCGCUUAUACUGAAAGUAAACAGUUUUUGCUUGCGCACUAACCUGAAGUGCGUAAAAAGCUGAACUUGGAAUAUCACAUGCACUCUAACAUAGACAUGGAAGUCAACAGACCAAAUAAAGUGUAAAAAAAACACCUUUCUCGCGCACAAACACGAUUGCAUAUUCUCAAGUGCUCUAACCCCGACAUGAAAAUAGAAAUUUUUCACAUUCCAAUGUUCUUCACAUAGAAUAAUAUGUUCUAUUUAUUCCUAAAUACAUAUUGCUACAUAUAAAUAUGAUUCUACAUGUUUUCAUUUACUUGACUGCAAAGGACUCAAAUGCACUUAUAUAUAUAUAUAUAUAUAUAUGUCUAUAUAUGUGUUCAUUUGUAUUUAUUUAUAUGUGUAGUAAUCCAGCACUCACACCUGGUGCCUGGUUUAAAGGAAAUAGCACUGUCCUCUUGGGUACAAAUGACAUAGCCUUGAUACAUUUAAACAGUCAGUUUUAUUUUCACUGUCCAAGUGCAGAUAACAGCAUUGUGUUUUAUAGCAGUUUAACAGUUUGAUCUCUUACUAACAUAAUUUUACAUCACUUAAUUAAAUGGGGUGGGGUAAACUAAACUAAACAAAACAUGCUGUUUUUAGCAAACUUACUUUUAUCAGCUUUUCUCAGUUCAGCUGCAAUGUGUGUCUCUCUCCAAGUCAGAAACACUGGUGUGUGUCUCUCUCUGUCUCUCUCUCUGUCUGUCUGUCUGUCUGUCUCUCUCUCUCUCUCUCUCUCUCUCUCUCUCUCUCUCUCUCUCUCUCUCUCUCUCUCUCUCUCUCUCUCUCUGUCUCUCUCUCUCUCUCUCCACCUAGCAGCUGAAAAAUAAAUUACCCUCCUUUAAUUAAACACAGGUGAGUAAAGAUCCCUUCCUGAUUGCUUACUCUCAGCUAUAGAAAACUGAGGAAUGGAACACUGGCCUACCCUCUCUCCAGUGUUCCACCCCAGGGACCCAAAAACACAGCAGCUUAAUUCCUAGCCACAUUUUACACAAUACAUUUUCCUGGGGUUUAAAAACUGAAUACACAUUUCUUUCAUGUAAUUGGCAAGAGUCCUUGAUCUAGUGACGUAUGGGAUAUAAAAUCCUACCAGGAGGGGCAAAGUUUCCCAAAUCUCAAAAUGCCUAUAAAUACACCCCUCACCACACCCACAAUUCAGUUUUACAAACUUUAAAAACUUUGCCUCCUAUGGAGGUGGUGAAGUAAGUUUGUGCUUGAUUUGUACGUUGAUAUGUGAAGGGAGUAUCACCUAUUGAAUGCAAUGGUUUUCCUCACGGGAGAUCUAUUUCAUAGGUUCUCUGUUAUCGGUCGUAGAGAUUAAUCUCCUACCUGCCUUUUCAGAUCGACGAUAUACUCUCAUAUUCCAUUACCUGUACAGAUAACCGUUUCAGUACUGGUUUGGCUAUCUGCUAUAUGUGGAUGGGUGUCUUUUGGUAAGUAUGUUUUCAUUACCUAAGACACUCUCAGCUAUGGUUUGGCACUUUAUGUAUUUAUAUCAAAUUCUAAAUAUAUUUAUUUGACAUGAUUCAGGUUUUUAAGUAUAUUUUCUUUUGCAGACUGUCAGUUUCAUAUCUGGGAAAUGCUUUUUUUUUUAGGAAAAAUGUAUUUCUUACCUGGGGUAUAGUCUCUUUUUUCAAAUUGACUGUCUUUUAAAUUCACAGGCAUAAUUAGGCUCGCGAGGGCGCAAAAUGCUAAAGUUUAUUGCGUCAUUCUUGGCAUGAGAUUUUUUUGGUGUGAAGUUACUAUGUUGAGGAAAAUUCAUCAUACUUGGCGCCAAAUAUUUUCAUUGUUUAAGACCCCAUUCCUAUAUGCCUCUUGCCUUUUUUCUCUAUCAGAGGGCUAUGCUGUUUGCAUUUUUUCCCAUUCCUGAAACUGCCAUAUAAGGAAAUUGAUAAUUUUGCUUUAUAUGUUGUUUUUUUUCUUACAUUUGCAAGAUGUCUCAAUCUGAUCCUGUCUCAGAAAUCACUGUUGGAACCGUGCUGCCUAAUAACAGUUCUACCAAAGCUAAGUGCAUUUGUUGUAAACUUGUGGAGAUUAUAUCUCCUGCUGUGGUUUGUAAUAGUUGUCAUGAUAAACUUUUACAUGCAGAGAAUGUAUCCAUCAGUAGUAGUUCAUUACCUCUUGCUGUUCCCUCAACAUCUGAUGCACAAGAUAUACAUGUAAAUUUAAAAUAAUUUAUUUCUGAUUCUAUUCAGAAGGCUUUGUCUGCAUUUCCGCCUUCUAAUAAACGUAAACGUAAAAAAACGUAAAAGGUCUUUUAAAACUUCUCAUAAAGUUGAUGAAAUUUCAAAUGACCGGCAACAUGCUGAAUUAUCCUUCUCUGAUGGGGAUCUAUCUGGUUCAGAAGAUCCUGCCUCAGAUAUUGACACUGACAAAUCUUCUUAUUAUUUAAAAUGGAGUAUAUUUAUUCUUUGUUAAAAGAAGUGUUGAUUACAUUGGAUAUGGAGGAAACUAGUCUUCUUGAUAUUAAAACUAGUAAACGUUUAAAUUCUGUUUAUAAACCUCCUUUGAUUAUUCCAGAGGUUUUCCCAGCUCCUGAUGCUAUAUCUGAUAUGAUUUCUAAGGAAUGUAAUAGGCCUGAUACUUCUUUUAUUCCUUCUUCAAGGUUUAAAAAAUUGUAUCCUUUGCCAGCAGUUACUUUAGAGAUUUGGGAAAAGAUCCCCAAAGUUGAUGGGGCUAUCUCUAAUCUUGCUAAACGUACUACUAUUCCUACGGAAGGUAUUACUUCUUUUAAAGAUCCUUUAGAUAGGAAACUUGAAUCAUAUCUAAGGAAAGCCUAUUUAUAUUCAGGUAAUCUUCUCAGGCCUGCAAUAUCUUUGGCUGAUGUUGCAGCUGCUUCAACUUUUUGUUUGGAGACUUUAGCGCAACAAGUAUUGGAUCAUGAUUUGUCUAGCAUUGUUAACUUGAUUCAACAUGCUAAUAAUUUUAUUUGUGAUGCCAUUUUUGAUAUCAUCAAAAUUUAUGUUAAAUCUAUGUCUUUAGCUAUUUUAGCUAGAAGAGCUUUGUGGCUUAAAUCUUGGAAUGCUGACAUGACUUCUAAGUCCAGAUUGCUAUCUCUUUCUUUCCAAGGUAAUAAGUUAGUUGGUUCUCAGUUGGAUUCAAUAAUUUAAAUUGUCACUGGGGGGAAGGGAGUUUUUUUGCCUCAGGAUAAAAGACCUAAGGGUAAAUCUAAAGCUUCUAACUGUUUUAGUUCCUUUCGACAAAAUAAGGAACAGAAACCUAAUCCCUCCCCCAAGGAAUCUCUUUCCAAUUGGAAGACUUCCUCCAAUUGGAAUAAAUCCAAGCCAUUAAAGAGAUCAAAGUUAGCCCCCAAGUCCACAUGAAGGUGCGGCCCUCAUUCCAACUCAGCUGGUAGGGGGCAGAUUAAGAUUUUUCAAGGAUGUUUGGACCAAUUCGGUCCAAAAUCAAUGGAUUCAGAGAAUUGUCUCUCAGGGGUACAGAAUAGGAUUCCGAGUAAGACCGCCUGUGAGAAGAUUUUUUCUCUCAUGCAUCCCUGCAAACCCAGUAAAGGCUCAGGCUUUCCUGAAGUGUGGUAAUCAUGCCAGUUCCGUUUCAGGAACAGGGUCUGGGGUUUUAUUCAAGUCUAUUCAUUGUCCCAAAGAAAGAAAAUUUAUUCAGACCAGUUUUGGAUCUAAACAUUUUGAAUCGAUAUGUAAGAGUACCAACUUUCAAAAUGUUGAUUAUAAGGACUAUUCUUCCUUUUGUUCAGCAAGGGCAUUAUAUGUCCACAAUAGACUUACAGGAUACAUAUCUUCAUAUUCCGAUUCAUCUAGAUCACUAUCAGUUCCUGAGAUUCUCUUUUCUAGACAAGCAUUACCAAUUUGUUGCUCUUCCGUUUGGCCUAGCGAUAGCUCCAAGAAUAUUUUCAAAGGUUCUCGUGAACUACUCUCUGUAAUCAGAGAGCAGGGUAUUGCGGUGUUUCCUUAUUUGGAUAAUAUCUUGGUACUUGCUCAGUCUUUACAUUCUGCAGAAUCUCACAUGAAUCAACUUGUGUUGUUUCUUCAAAAACAUGGUUGGAGGAUCAAUUUACCAAAAAGUUCUUUGAUUCCUCAGACAAGGGUAACCUUUUUAGGUUUCCAGAUAGAUUCAGUAUCCAUGACUUUAUCUCUAACGAACAAGAGACGUUUGAAAUUGGUUGCAGCCUGUCGGAACCUUCAGUCUCAGUUAUUCCCUUCAGUAGCUAUGUGCAUGGAAGUUUUAGGUCUCAUGACUGCAGCAUUGAACGCAAUCCCCUUUCCCCGUUUUCAUAUGAGACCUCUCCAGCUUUGUAUACUAAACCAAUGGUGCAGGGAUUAUACAAGGAUAUCACAAUUAAUAUCCUUAAAUCCCAAUGUUCGACUAUCUCUGACUUGGUGGUUAGAUUACCAUCGUAUUGUUCUAGGGGCCUCUUUCGUUCGUCCAACCUGGACUGUGAUCACAACAGAUGCAAGUAUUUUAGGUUGGGGAGCUGUUUGGGGAUCUCUGCCAGCACAAGGGGUUUGGAAAUCUCAAGAGGCGAGAUUACCAAUAAACAAUAAAUAUUUUGGAACUCUGUGCGAUUCUCAGGGCUCUUCAGUUUUGGCCUCUAUUGAAGAGAGAACCGUUCAUUUGUUUUCAGACAGACAAUAUAAUAACUGUGGCAUAUGUCAAUCAUCAGGGUAGGACUCAAAGUCUUUAAGCUAUGAAAGAAGUAUCUUGGAUACUUGUUUGGGCAGAAUCCAGCUCCUGUCUAAUUUCUGCGGUUCAUAUUCCAGGUAUAGACGCGAUUUAAGUAGAUUUAUGUGAUAGAUCUAUUCUGGUUUUCUUCUACCAGGUUGACUCACUUUAUAAUUAACAUUAUUGACCUGUUCAAUAAUCUCAUAUGGACCUUGCCAACUUGCCAGGAAUUUACCUUCAACUCUAGGUACCAAAACUAGAACUCUAUCUCUAGGUUGGAAAACCCUUAGCCUUGCAUUUUUAUUAUAACUGGCUUCCUGAGCUCUUUGUGAUUUCUGCAUAUUUUCCCUUACUAUUGGCAUUAUAGCUUCCAUUUUUCUUGAAUUUGUGCUACAUGCUGUAUAACACUACGGUGCAGUGAAAAACCUGUGGAAGCCUGGGGCACUUCCCUAAUGGAAAACAUAAGGUACGGAAACAAACAAUCCCAGUUCUUUCCAUCCUUGUCUACCACUUUACGCAACAUGCUUUUUAGAUUUUUAUUAAACCUCUCAACUAACCCAUCAGUUUGGGGGUGAUACACCAAUGUUUUUAAUUGUUUAAUUUUAAGAAGUUUACAUAACUCUUUCAUAUUUUUUACAUAAAAGGGGUUCCUGGAUCCUUAAGGAUCUCCUUUGGUAUGUCCACCCUGCUGAACAUCAUCAUUAACUCCUUAGCAAUAUUCUUAGAGGAGGUAUUUCGCAAAGGAAUUGCCUCAGUAUAGCGGGUAGCAUAGUCAACCACAUCUAAAAUAUGUGCAUGCCCCCUAGCAAACUUUAGUAAAGGCCCUACCAAAUCCAUUGCUAUUCACUCAAAAGGAAACUAUAUAACAGGAAGAGGUAUUAGUCGAUUGCGGUAACUUUUAAAUGGAGCCUUCAAUUGACAUUCUUGGCAGAAUUUACAAAAUCUCUCUAUUGAAAUAAAAAUACCAGGCCAAUAAAAUUGUGCAAGAACUCUUUCCCUGGUCUUUUCAAAACCAAGGUGCCCCCCCAGCACAUGACUAUGGGCUAAUUUCAAAACAGUAUUUCUAUAAGACGUGGGAACCAAUAGUUGCUCCACCUCUUCAACCCCUUUCAUUUCUGCUCUAUAAAGCAGGUUAUUUUUCACCUUAAAAUAAGGAAAACAUAAUUGUUUUUCAGGACCCAUGACAGUGCCUUCAAUUACUUGAACAUUCUCCCUCGCCACUAUCAGAGUCGGGUCCUCCCAUUGGGCAGUUUGGAAAUUACAAGAAUUAAUCCCUAGAUCCUCAAGUUCUAUGUCUUCUCCAGAAGCAUUACUCUGAGGGGGUUCUGCCUCAUUGCCCAGACACACCAGAGGUGCCUUCUGUGCAGUGUCUGGUUCCCAAUCAAUAUUGGAGAAUGGAAAAAUGGUUUCCAUUCCCUUCACCUCCUGUACCUCCCCAGGACUAAUCCCAUGACCUACUGAAGGUUUCUCCCACACUUUACAAAAGUGAGGAAAGUCUUUCCACAUUACUAUAUCAUAGGGCAACACAGGUACUGCCCCUAUGCAACACUUAACUUUACCAAUAUCUGUGAUAAUUUAAACCUCAGCUGUAGGGUAUGAGUGUCCCCCCCAUGUAUACAGACAAUAUCAAGCAUUUGAUCUCUAUCUAACUUUUCUGGCUGAAGCAAAACACUUUUUACCAAAGUAACUUCACUCCCUGAAUCCAGGAGUGCUUGUACACUCUCACCCUCCACAUUCACAGAUCUUAAAUGACUAGAACAUACAGUACUGGAAACAAAAGACAUUUUGGUGCAGGUUAACAUUGUACUAUGUCUGUCCCUUGCACCCAUAUUACAUUGCAUAGGCCCUGUGUACAGUUACGUGCAAUAUGCCCUAACUCUUGACAUUUAAAACACAUUAUUUGUCCAUAAUGGUUCCCUAGGGAGUCAUUUCCCACCAUAGUCAUUUUGUUCCUGGUUAUCAAUAGACCUCUGUGCUUCUGUUUUUUUUUAUAAGGUAGCUUUGAUUUAGAUUGAGGAUCAUUGCUUUGCAAUUCCUUAGCAGUCAAAUAUCUCUCAACCAGGCUCAUCAUUUCUUCUGGGUCUUUAGGAUCCCCUUGACUGACCCACUGUCGAAGUCCAGCAGGAAGAUUCCUGGGAAAUCUGUCCAUUACAACCAUUUCUAUAACUUUUGUGGCUGCAUUAAUGUCCGGCUGCAGCCAUUUCUGAGCAAGUCUCAGCAGUUUAUAAAUUUCGACUCUUGUAGGUUUUCCCAUCUCAAACACCCAAUUGUUAAAUCUUUGGGUGCGAAUUGCAGGUGUUACUCCCAAUCAUGUAAGAAUUUCAGUUUUUAGUUUCUGAUAAUCUUGAGCUUGGCUGUGAGAAAUCCUCAUAUACUUUCUGGGCUUCUCCACUAAGACAUGGUGCGAGUAGCCCUGCCCACUGUUCAGGUGGCCACUUUUCUCUGGCAGCAAUCCUCUCAAAAGUUGUGAGGUAAGCCUCAAUAUCAUCCGUCUCUGGCAACUUAUGCAGAAAGUAAUUUGCUCGGAUAUAGCUCCCCCUAUCCACAGUGGGGGUAGCUACAGAAGGUUGUAGGACUUGCAGCAAUACAUUAACAAGUGUGGUUCUAUCCUCUCACUGGGCAUUCAUCAUGCUGCUAACUUGUGCAGUCAGUAAGCGAUUUGUCUCCUGCUGUACAGCAGUAGUUUGCACCAAAACCUUCACCAGCUCCUCCAUUUUGUAUAAUUUCUCCUCUUAGAAGCAACAGGUAACACAAAGGCAGGUAUAUGCUUAAAAGGCACAGUGUCACUUUUAUUUUCAACAGUUUAAAGCAAAAGUUUUAUUAGUGCAGCUUGCAGAAAACUUUUAUACCCACAGACCAUAUGCCCGCAUUCUCCACCAUAUUGUAAUCCAGCACCCACUCCUGAUGCCUGGUUUAAAGGAAAUAGCACAAUCCUUUAGGGUAUAAAUGACACAGCCUUGAUACAUUUAAACAGUCAGUUUUAUUUUCACUGUCCAAGUGCAGAUAACAGCAAUGUGUUUUAUAGCAGUUUAACACACUUAAGACUACAAACAAAAAGCCUAGCUCAGUUGGAACACUUACUAACAUAAUUUAAAUCACUUGCUAAAACAGGGUAAACUAAACUAAACAAAACAUGCUGGGGUUUAAAAACUGAAUACACAUUUCAACAUAUACACAUGAUCACUCACAAUUCCCUGUUCUCUGUCACAGUGUAUAUAUGUCUGUAAAUACAUAUAUACAUAUAUACACUUAUAAAUACAUAAAUUCAUAUGUACACAUAUAUAAACAUAUAUAUAUAUAUAUAUAUAUAUUUAGUAUAUGUAUGUAUGUCUAUGUUAAAUCACUUUGCCUGCCUUUUUUUCUAACACCUUAGACCUCAUAUCUUUGUGUCCUUAUUUUUGUGCAAUUUUUUUCAUAAUUUUUAUUAGAUGUUGUUUUUAUAAGUGUACCUCUACUUUGUAAUGUAUUUUUAAAGUGUUUUGUUUCUCUCUCUCUCUCUCCUCUCUCUCCUCUCUCUCCUCUCCUCUCUCUCCUCUCUCUCCUCUCUCUCCUCUCCUCUCUCUCUCUCUCUCCUCUCUCUCCUCCCUCUCUCUCUCCUCUCUCUCCUCUCUCUCUCUCUAAAUAGGGGUAUCUAUACACUGUAUUUAUCUUCCUUUAAAGGAAUAUAAAACCCAUUUUUUUUCUUUCAUGAUUCAGAUAUAGCAUGACAUUUUAAACAACUUUCUAAUUUACUCCUUUUAUACAUUUUUCUUUGUUCUCUUGGUAUCUUUAUUUGAAAAAUCAAGAAUGUAAGCUGGUUAGCGCCUGCUGAUUGGUGGAUACAUUUAGACACCAAACAGCAAGCAGGAAUGGUAGCAUAGGAGCCGUCCAAUUUAUGGUUUAGCAACCUUGGUAGCGCUUGCUAUCUAGCCACCAAUUAGCAAGUUCUACCCAGGUGCUGAACCAAAAAUGGCCCGGCUCCUAAGCUUACAUUCCUGUUUUUUUAAAUAAAGAUACCAAGAGAACAAAGAAACAUUGACAAUAGGCAUAAAUUAGAAAGUUGCUUAAAUUUGCUGCUCUAUCUGAAUCAUGAAAGCUUAAUUUUGACCUGACUAUCCCUUUAAAGAACUUUUGGGUUUGAAGAAAACAUUUUUGUUCCUCACAUCUGAAACCUCUAAAUGAAAUACAACCGAUAAAAUGACUUCUACAUCUCCUAUAGCUCCGGGAUGUGGUGUCUGUUUUGUCACAGUCUGUCUCAGUCUCUCUGAAUCCAUCAGUGAGACUGUCAGUUUACGUCAGAGCACAGAAUGCCACAGGAUCACCCUCAGACCAUGGAGUAAGGUUUAUGGUCUAACCAAGUUGUUGGGCAUUUUAGAAAUUCUUGUGACUCUUAACAGAAACAACAAUCACAAGUGACAUCUUUAUGUCAAGCCAUCUUCUUAAGUAAACAAUGUGGUAUUUUAUUAAUCCCUCAUAAUAUUAUUAUUUUAAAAAUGUUGGCUUUGAACUAAACACACAUUGGGUAAAGCUGUUGUGAAGCUGGUGUCCUGAAAACCCAUGAUGUUUGUUUUUGUCUACACUGUAAGAUUUUUGGAACAGAGACAUUGGACUCUUGAAUCACUCUGUAUUUUGUAUAUGUCUCAUGAUAUAAUAAUUUAUAAUGUGCAAAUUUCAAGUAUUAUGUUUUUUUGUACAAAUGUAAUGCACUGAUUUGACUUUUUAAUGGUAAAGAAUGUGAUGAAUAAAAUGGUGAGGAUAAUCUUGAUGAAAGACGA